CUAUUAACAGUGCGAGUAACAGGCGUGCAGUCCGCCUCAUGCCGGGGUCUGCGUUGUGGCGCGUCGCAGACUUCUGAAACUGCGUGCGGCGCGGCACCGGGCGUCUUCACAGUCAGCAUGGCAUCGCGAUGGCUGCCUUCCUGCUUUUGCUUGCCAUCUGCAAUUCUUUUCGUUUAGUUCUGUUUCCACACUUACUGCCUCUCUCCAAGGAAUCUACAUCACAACGCAAUCAUGGUAGAAAUGGCAAUGAAGGCGGGUUCGAGCGGGCGUGAAGCACGGAAGACUACCAGGGAGGAUACAGAACACUCCUUUCGUCGGCGUCUGCUCUGGAGAGUACCACAACUAGGCCUCUUCGUAUCUGCGAUAGCAUUGCUGUAUUGGCACGCGUGUCCCCUCCACCUUGCGGGAACUCCGGAUCGAUCUUUAUACAACACCAAUCCGGCCAUCAUCAACUACGAUAAAUGCAAAUCGAUCGUUUCUAGUGAAACGCGCAUGUUCAGCUUCAAUGUCUCAUACAGCGACGGAGCUGAAACCCAUUGGCAUCUAUUCGACAAAUCCAAUUCCACAGUUGGCGAUCGUCUCUCUGGUAUAAUUCACGUCCAGAAAGGCGACGUCGCCCAGACCUCAGAUAUUGAAGUCCGGCUCGAAAUCAAUUCCAGCUCUACGACAGACUACAAGAAUGUUGUUUACCACCAAUCUGCAUCAAGCCUCAGUCUGGACUACCUUCCCUCCGACGAUGACGAAGACAUUUGUACAGAAAUCAAAGUUGUGGUUUGCUUUCGUCCAGAAUCACCUGUGCGUCCCUUGGAUGUGCUCGAUAUCAGAUCAGAGACAAUGGAUCUAUGGAUCCACGACUGGGCCUGGCAGAUCAAAAAUCUCAUCACACAUACCUCGCACGGCGAGUACACAUACGAAGGUGGCAAAGGCGAAGACCCAUUGCACCCUCACAACAUCUCUGCUAGCUCAACGACAGGAGUCAUGUGGGGAUGGUACGGCUGUGAAGGUACGAUAAAGAUGCACAGCGAAAGCGGGCAGAUUAUUCUGAUGCUGGUACCUCGGUAUACGUUCAUUGGGAAGACCAUGCGACCAGAACUUAUCUCGGUAUCUACAGUCAGCGGGGCGGCUGAUGUCGCUGCGCUUUGGGCAUACUGGCCACAGCAGUCUUUCACACAUCGCACGGAAAUUCAUACUGUUUCGGGUAAUCUGGUUGCGCAGAUACCACAUGGCUCAUCGACUAAUCUCUCAAGCGACAGCGGCAAUAUAAACGCAUAUCUGCGGCCAUUUGCUGCUAUGAGCCUGGAUAAUGCCAGUGCGAUUUAUACGAGCACAAAGUCUGGUCAAACGAACUUUCGACUGGACAACGCAAACCGGGAGCUUCUGGAUGAGAUUUACGAUCCACUUCUCAGUACGACUAGUGAGCACUACGUCGGCGAUGGUGAUAUGUACCUGCGGUACCCAUUCAGUUGGUUUGGCAGCAUGGAUGCGACUGUGAGAGAGGGCUCGAUCAAGUUCAAUGCGAGUGCACUAGAUGAGGUAGAGGAAGGUGACGGGUUCAUCAAAGCUAUCAGAGGGAGAGGUGCAGGAAGUCGGAUGAAAGCGCAUGUCGAUAAGGGGAUGAUGGAUGUCACACUCGGUAUUUGGGAUACCGAUGAAUGAAAAGCAUGUUUGGUGAUUAUACUGGGGGAUAAUCCUGUAGCUGUAGUCACUACAUUCGCGCACUACUUGAUAUCGAUUUGAAAAUCAGGUGUUAUUGCUG